CUCGAGACGGAGGCCAGGCCGGCCGUGUACAUAGCCGCCACGGGCUGGCCCCGCCCGUGUACAGAGGGGCCGGAUGAGAUGGGGCGUCGGCCUUGCUUUCGCGCAGCUGCCGCUGAAAAGAUUUUACAAGUACGUCCUCAAGCGCUUGAUCGGAGGCUUCCUCAAGCACGACAUAGACCUCGAACAGCUGGACGUGCAGCUUUACCACGGCAUCGUGCAGCUGAAAUCAUUAGAGCUGGAUGUCGCGCAGUUCAACCUUGCCGCAAUGGGCACGGGCAUUAUGCUGCACUUCGCCAGCGGCCUUGUCGGCUGCAUCAAGAUGGACAUACCGUGGCGGCACCUGCUGCGAGAUCACUGCAAGGUCUGGAUUAGUGGCGUGGACAUCGUCCUGGCCAAGGACGCCUCGGUUGCCGUGGCGGCGGCCACCGCAGCAGCUGCCGCAGCAGGCUGCGCUGGCGGUGGUGGCCCAAGCGGCGACUCAGCGGAGCAAGCAGCAGGCGGCGACUCCCGGGACGCGCAGACCAGGCGCCGACGGGGC